AACUGUCAUUUCAAAAGACCGUCGAACGGGAUCGGUAGUUGGCCGCAGCGUUACGGAUCGCACGCGUCUGUGAAAACUCGAGAAAAUCCCGGUAAAGCCCCGCGAAAUGACGAGCGUCCAGUAGAGUGCGAGCUCGAAUAAAAGAAUAUAAAUCAUAUACCACAUUAGUGUUCAAUUGAUAAGAUGGCCAAAAGGCAGGUGCUAGUUUUAACCCUAUUGUGCCUGGGUUCCUUGUUGUUCGAAGCAGUGCAGACUUCCACGGAGUAUAAUCGCUAUUUGGCUCAGAUAUUCCAAAAAUACGGCAAUGGCGGGACAAUCAACUUUGAGGGUCUUGAGCAUUUGAUGUUCAGCUUGAACUUGGGCCAAAUCCAAUUUGACCCCUCGCACACGAUCGAUCAGCAUCGACCCCAAGGAUACUCCCAGGAGGUAACAAACACCACAAGUGCCCCAAACUACUUCGAGCCGACACGAGUUAAUACCACCAAUGAGGAAGUUUUGGAGGUGCAAAUCUCUACGCCGACCACUAAUCUCUCAAAGCCAGAGAUAGGCCCUGAGGUUCCGGAAUUCCUGGAAAUUCACGACCCCAAGCACCGGCACCCAAGGGAGAGCUCUGAACCGGUUGCCGCUUGUUUAUCUCCAAAGUCCUUGCUUUCUUUGCUCGUGGACCACAAUGAUCUCCAUAAAAACAUUGCCUACCAAAAAUUAUUAAAGAAGGAUGGCUUCGGUUCAGACACCAUUCACAACUCAGAGGAGGAGUAUAACGAGUUCAUCAACUCGGUGCGGAUUACACCGCAGGCUUUUAUGAAACUCUGCCCAGCUCUAUUGGCUCAAAUCGAUAAUGGAGUUUGCAAGCAACCAGCUCCUCGAUCUGAGAAUCUUAGCGACAAGAAGCAAAAGAUUUGGAACGCUUGGAUCUAUGCCAGCAUCACCAUGUUGAUUCUCUCUGCUUGCGGUUUGCUGGGAAUUCUUCUGGUUCCUCUGAUGAAGACAGCUGCCUACCAAGAAAUCCUCAAGUUCCUUGUGUCGGUUGCCGUGGGCACUUUAGCCGGUGAUGCCUUGAUGCAUUUGCUGCCCCACGCUCUUUUUAAGGAAGAGAAGCAUGAGGAGGCGGUGACUGGCAUCAAUCCCUUGGAAUCCGAUCACAAACAUAGCAAUGAAGCUGCUCUGCUUUGUGGUUGCUCCUUCCUGGCGGCUCUUUUCAUGUACAUGUUGGAGAAUCUAAUUCCCUUGCUAAAAGGAGGUAAGACAGGUCAUGGACAUAGCCACGGACAUGGUCACAGUCACGGAAACAGCCAUAGUCACAUGGAGAAGCCAGCUCCACAGGACACUCUUGAUCUCCCAGCUCCUCGAGAACUCAAUGUAAUGCUGCAGGAGGCCAAGUUAGAUGAAAAGACUCCUGAUCGUCCACUCACUCCUGUGGCUUUUAUGGUAGUCAUCGGUGAUGGUCUGCAUAAUCUAACCGAUGGCCUGGCCAUUGGUGCAGCGUUUGCUAGUGAUCCUGUCACUGGGUUUGCCACCGCUUUUGCAGUCCUCUGCCACGAGUUGCCCCACGAGCUAGGGGAUUUCGCUCUCCUCCUCCAAACUGGUGUAUCCAUGCGAAGAGCCGUCUACAUGAACAUUGUAAGCUCAGUUCUUAGCUUUGUGGGCAUGUCUGUGGGUCUUUUCAUUGCCGGAAUUGGUGAUGGUAUGACUCAAUGGAUUUAUGCAGCCACUGCUGGUUCCUUCCUGUACAUUGCCUUUGCCGAUUUGGUGCCCACGAUGAGUGUGGCCCACAAUCCAGAGAUGGCCAAAGAUCCAAAGGGUAUUAUUAUACAAAUAUUUGGUAUCCUCCUCGGUGGACUGAUAAUGUUGGCUAUUGCCCUGAACGAGCACGAUUUGGAGGGUCUGUUCAAGAGCUUUUAAAAUAGACCUCUGAAUCUCAAACAGAUAUGUUGAUUUCCCGUUCUUACUGUAGAUAGUAGCCUAAGCCCGUUUCCUUCGAAUCUCCGAUUCUCUGCCUUUUUUUAGCAUGCCUUAAAUGUUAAAUGUUGAAAUCGUUACCAAAUGUUUAUGUCUGUGGUCAGCAAAAUGUAUGCAUGACUGAAACAGAACUUUUCCUAGAAUAUAAAACUCUGAAAUAUGAUAAGGGUGUUUAAAAAGCCAAUAAAAAUGCUGCUCAAAGAAGAUGUAUCCCAA